AUGUCAACAAAGUCACCGCGUACCCCAGAUCGCUCGGCACUGGGUGAAUCCUGGGUGAUGGCAUCGACUGCCUCCAUCAGGGAAGGAGAUGUACUUGAAAAUGUGCAGGAGAAACAGGCAGAUCACGAUAGACCAGAGCUAGCCAGCCCGACACCGACACCGAGAUCUGUACGAACUAGCAACAGCAGGACACCCAAUGAGGAACAAGACAAGAAAUCAAAACAGAAACCAAACGAUAAACUAUCGCAGUCUUCCGAAUCACUCGCAUCCUCGUCCUCAUCAUGGAUCAGCACGUCGGGCCCAGAGCUCAUCAUGCCUUCCAUCUACGAAGCACCUAUCUCCGAGGCAUCAUGGGUGGCCCCAAAUAUGCGAUCUGCCACUCCCACUGCAGCUGCAGCUAAACAAGCUGUCGACAAAGGCACAGGCAUGCGGAAGCGGCGCAAGAUCACGACAAACCCCAAAUCUACUAGAAGUCCCGAUGCAGGCUCAUCUACUUCAGAAGCAGAACAAAAUAUCAAGCAAGGACCUCUGGCAAGGUUCAUCGGCUCUCUCAAUCAACGAACCACCCUCCGCAACACCAUCAACACCCUCCUAGUCGCCACCAUACUUCACCUCCUAUUUCUCCCCGAAAUCAUCUACUCAAAGCAAGAACUCUGCAGCAUCCCCGGCAUCAAAAGCCUGUACCCUUCAAGCUGCAUUCAACUUUACCCCAGAAACCCCUCCCACAACCCCACCACCAACAAUAACAACAACAAACCCAUCACACCAGAAGAAACAAUCUUCGCCGCCCAAACCCACCUAGAAUCAAUCUUCACCAGCUCCCUCGCAACUCUCCUCCCGCUCGCGCCGAUCCUCAAAGAAAGCGAAUCAAAACUCCAAUCCCUCCAAACAACCUUACAAACCACCUUCCCCUCCGCCCGACACGCCCUCGCUCUCGAAUUCCAAGGAGGCGACUCAGCCCUCCAUCUCCGCUCGGCAAUCGAUUCCCUCCUCGCCUCGCCCCCGACAAAGGAGUCGACGGGCACGUCUAUCGCCCGCGAUACCAGGCUCGCAGCGCAGCUUCGUCGUCGCGCGGAGUAUCUUGAUCGAUUGCGUUCGCAGAUCCAUGGCAAGACUGAAGGGCUGGCUACGCGGUUUGGUACCCUGGAUGACCAUCUCACGGCGGUUGAUGGGAUUAUCUCGCGAGAGACGAGGAGGGCUUCGCUGGACUCGCUUGUUAGGGGUGGGACUGGAGGUGAUGGGCUGGGUGGAUUUCAGUCGGUUUUGCACUCGUUGUCGAAGUACACGUUUGGGACGAAGCUGUUUGGGGGAUCGGAGUCGGGGUCGGAAUCAACGUGGUCAGAAGCAGCAGCAUCAGAAGCAGCAGCUGGCGAAGCGGAAGAAGGGGAAGGGGAAGAUAUGCCUGGGCCUGCUACGACCUUGGCGAUGAUGAGAUUAGCGGCGACACAUCAUGUUCCUGUUGCUGAUUCGGUGGAGAAAUUAUCACGACAGUUAAGGGACUUGCAACGUGCGCGAGGGUCCACCUGGGUCCAUUAUGAUUGA